AUGGCUCGCAGCGACCACAUCUGUGGCCUCUACUAUGUUGUUCCCGGCCGACGUAUUCCGGAACGCAAAUACCUUCCCCAGCUGUCACUCUCGGCCGAGACCAAGAUUGUCUCGUCGACUAGCCGGACCACCCUGACCCAGAACUUCGUCAAUCCCCGGUCCGAGGCCAUCCCCGAACUCAGAUACACAUUUCCCCUCUACGAAGGCGUCUCUGUUGUCGGCUUCGUGUGCACCAUCAACGGCGAGCGGGUCAUCCGCGGCGUGGUUAAGGAGCGCGCCGAGGCGAAGCAGACCUACCAGGCCGCGGUUGACCGCGGCGAGACUGCCGGCCUUUUGGAGCAGCUACCGGAAGCCAGCGAUGUUUUUACCACCACGGUGGGGAAUGUUCCCGCAGACGCAACUCUGAAAGUCGAGAUUGUGUAUCUUGGCGAGCUGAAGCAAGAUGUCGAGGUCGACGGAACCCGCUUUACUAUCCCAACUGGGAUCGCACCCCGGUACGGCAACUACCCCGGCGAGCUGCUGUCGAGCCCAGUCGAUACAAAGGGCGGAAUUAGCAUCGUCGUUGACGUUGAAAUGCCCGACGGUUCGAACGUCAAGAACGUCCAGUCGCCAUCGCACCCCAUCUCCGUAACGCUAGGCAACACCUCCGCGGGCGCCGCCAGUGGUGCCGACAUGUCUCUUCGGAAGGCAUCGGCCACUCUCACCCUGUCCACCACGGAAUUGAGCGACGAUUUUGUCCUCCAGGUGGUCGCCACCAAUACCGGGAACCCCAUCGCCGUUCUCGAGACACACCCGACCCUUGCCAAUCACCGCGCUCUGAUGGCUACCCUGGUCCCGAAAUUCAACCUUCCCUCCGCGAAGCCCGAGAUCGUAUUCCUCUGUGACCGGUCCGGUUCCAUGAACGGUCCCAAUAUUAAAAAUCUCAAAGCCGCCCUGUGUCUCUUCCUCAAGUCGCUGCCCGUGGGGGUCAAGUUCAAUAUCUGCUCCUUCGGCUCACGCCACGAGUUCCUCUUCAAGGACGGAUCGCACACCUACGACCAGUCCUCGCUCGAAAAGGCCACGCGCUAUGUCGACAGUUUCGGGGCCGACUUUGGCGGCACCGACAUCUACCGACCUAUGGAAGAUGUCAUCAAGAAGCGCUACGCCGACAUGGACUUGGAGGUGUUCCUGCUCACCGACGGCGAGAUCUGGGACCAAAGUGCCCUUUUUGAACUGCUGAACAAGCAGGUUGCUGAGAGUAAGGGUCACAUUCGCGUUUUCACUCUGGGCAUCGGCAGUGCCGUCAGCCACGCCCUCAUUGAGGGCGUCGCGAGGGCUGGCAACGGUUUCUCGCAGGUGGUUGGUGACAACGAGAAAAUGAACAGCAAGGUCGUGCGCAUGCUGAAGGCCUCUCUAAUGCCCCACAUCAACGACUACACGCUUGAGGUCAAGUAUGCCGACAACGCGGCCGACAGCGACGAGGACUUUGAGAUGGUGGAAAAGGUCAUGGACGGCAUGACCAUUGACGUGCGCGAGGCCGAGAAAGAGGAGACCCCCAAGAAGCCCACCUCUCUCUUCGACGAGGCGGCCAACCCGGAUGUCGAGAUGUCUGACGCGUCCCUUGACACUUCCGCGGGCGGCAAGUACUCGCACGUCCCGCCCAUCUCGGAGCCAAAGUUCCUACAGGCCCCGUUCCUCAUUCCGGCCCUUUUCCCCUUCAACCGCACCAGCGUGUACCUCCUCCUCUCUCCAGAAACCGCUCAGAAGCAACCCAAGUCGGUCGUCGUCCGUGGCACGUCCAUCCAUGGGCCGGUCGAGCUGGAGGUUCCCGUUACCGUGCUGGCGGAGAAGUCCGAGACCAUCCAUCAGCUCGCUGCCCGCAAAGCCGUCAAGGAGUUGGAGGAGGGCCGUGGUUGGAUCUACCACGCCAAGGAUACCGCCGGGUCUCUGCUCAAGGACCAAUACCCCGGCCGCUUCAAGGACAUGGUUGAGCGCGAGGCGGUCCGGCUGGGCGUCACUUACCAGGUCGGUGGGAAAUGGUGUAGCUUUGUCGCAGUCGAGGGGAACGAGGACCCAAAUGAGGCCCAGGAGCCGACCCAGCCUUCGAGCAACGAGAUAUUUGCUCACAAAAAGUCUCGUUCCCGUCUAUCAAAAGGGGGGGCCGUGCGACACCGAGCCAUCCACUCGUCCUUCACCUCCACAGGGGUCCAAGGCGAAAGCGUUACCAUGGCCGCCCAACCCCGGGCCUACCCCGCCGAACUACGCCGGAGUAGAGCCCCUGAAACCGUGGCCAUAAAAUCCUCCUCCCGAGGUAUACUACCCGCCGGCACAACCUCCGCCCAAUCUUGGCGCCCGCCGCCCCCCGCCGCCGCUCCUGCCGCAUCGGACGACGAGUCCGAUGAUGACGCCAUGGGUUUUGGCCUCAUGGACUCCGGCGGCGGCGGCGAACCCCACUCUCCCAUCGCCAGCCCCUCGUCUGCCGUCGCUAGCCUCUCUUACUCCCCCGUCAGCCCGGCCUCCCCACGUGGCAGAGGCUUGUUCGCUUUUCUGGACGACGACGACGUCGUGGGGAGAGGGUCCCUUGAGAAGGGGGACGUGCUGGACCGGCUGGUGGCGCUGCAGUCGUUUGAGGGGGCGUGGCGGUGGGAGGGGAGGGUGCUUGGGUUGGUGGGGCUUUUGGGGAGUAAAGGGAAGGGAGGUGGAGAGGCGGGGGGCGUUGUUACGGAGAAGGCGGCUGCUGCGGGGCUGGGUGCGCCGUCGGAUGUGCUGGCGACUGCGCUGGUGUUGGUGUUCUUGGAGGGGUGGAUGGGGGAGAGGAGGGAUGAGUGGGAGAUGGUGGCGGACAAGGCGAGGGGGUGGUUGGAGGGGCGGUUGGUGGAUGAGGGUCAGGGGAGGGAGGUGGAUGGGUUGUGUGAGAAGGUGAAGGUUUUCUUGCAGAAGGAGCGGGUGGUUGGGGAGUAA